CGGUAGUAGAGAGGCGUCUCCCGGAUUUUUUUUAUACCUUAAUGAUGCGUUAAUCCUGGUCCCUUUUGGCUAAACUGGAAGUUUUUUUUUUUUCUUACUUGCUAGUACGCGUGCGCGCGCAGGUAGGCGGAGAGAGGUGGAUUCCGACAGGUGAGACGCACUGAGGUUUGCGAAAUUGUGACACGCCGGCGAUCAGUCAGCUGAGCUGCGUUCCGUGAACGGCGUGUGUCCGCCCGUGGAGUGGAAGUCCGCUCCUCAUCUGCGCACCUCCUCGGACACCUGUUGUUGUUUAAAGCGGCAUUACUCAUCAUAUGGACCAUGCUCCUUGAACAUCAUCUGGUUUGGGUUCUUUCUACAAAUUCCACCAGUUGACAGCAGAGGUUUUUCCUCUUUUUGAAUUUGACCAUGGAAGGGCACUCUGACCAACGUCCCACCAAGCCCAGGAAGUCGGCUGAUGACGAUGUGACAUUAUUGCAGCUGAAUACAAGAAGACAACCGGCUGGCCUUGUGCAGGAGCUUUUUCAUGAGGAUGUGCAGGGCUCGGAGAGCAACACCCAGCCAUGGUGGAAAAUCCAGUUAUUCGUCUGGGAGCCGGUGCUCUUUGGGACCUGGGAUGGCGUUUUUACCACCUGCAUGAUCAACAUCUUUGGAGUCGUUCUCUUCUUGAGGACUGGCUGGCUUGUGGGAAACACUGGCAUUUUACUUGGAAUGUUCCUGGUGUCCCUAGUGGUGGUGGUGGCCCUGGUAACGGUGGUGUCAGGUAUAGGAGUGUGUGAGCGGUGUAGCAUUGGCAACGGUGGGGUCUACUCCAUGAUUUCCACAGUCCUCGGAGAGAGAGUCGGUGCAACCAUUGGCCUCCUCUACAUCUUUGGUCAGUGUGUUGCGGGUGCAAUGUACAUCACUGGCUUUGCAGAGUCCAUCGCAGACCUUCUGAGCCUUCGCAAUAUCUGGGCGGUCCGAGGGAUUUCCAUUGGGGUCUUGCUCGGGCUGCUUGGAAUUAACCUCGCCGGCGUUAAAUGGAUCAUCCGACUUCAGCUGCUCCUGCUGGCCCUGCUGGCCAUCUCAACCUUGGACUUUGUCGUGGGGACGUUUACUCACUUGGACACAGAGCACGGCUUUGUUGGAUAUUCCGAAGAGCUGUUGCGAAACAACACCCUGCCAGACUACACUCCGGGAGAGACCUUUUUCACAGUAUUUGGGGUGUUCUUCCCAGCUGCUACAGGUGUGAUGGCAGGAUUUAACAUGAGUGGAGACCUUCGGAAACCAGCCUCGAGCAUUCCCCUGGGGUCACUGGCAGCGGUCAGCAUCUCCUGGUUCCUUUACUUGGUUUUUGUAUUUCUGCUGGGAGCAAUUUGCACAAGAGAGGCCCUGCGCUACGACUUUAUGAUUGCAGAGAAGGUUUCUUUGGUGGGGUUCCUCUUCCUCCUCGGCUUGUACAUUUCCUCUCUUGCUUCCUGCAUGGGUGGUCUGUAUGGGGCGCCCAGAAUACUGCAGUGCAUCGCACAGGAAAAGGUGAUCCCCACCCUUGGAUUCUUGGGAAACGGGAGAGGACCCAACAAAACCCCAGUGGCUGCCAUAUGCUUGACAAGCCUUAUUACGAUGGCCUUUAUCUUCAUUGGCCAGGUGAACAUCCUGGCACCAAUUGUGACCAUUAACUUCAUGCUGACCUACAGCGUCAUAGACUACUCCUACUUUUCUGUAUCGAUGAGCUACAUUCUCCAGAAGAAACAAAGAACAACUCUCUUAGCGGAGGAAUCCCCGAAGAGGAACUCGUGCAAGGCCUUCAGCCCUCAAAAAUGCCAAAGUUAUGGGACAGUUAGGGCUCUAAAUGGCCAUCAGGAAGGGACUUUGCUGGAGUUCACCAAAGACAUGGACCAGAUUUUUCAGCCGCUCAGCCUUGAGCCACAAAAGGACGCCACAGAUGAUCGUCUUCUGAAUCAGAGAGACAAAAUCCUAAAGCCACAAAAUGCGGCAAAGCAAAUGCUGCUGGACAGCUUCAAACUGGACAAGAACUCCUCUAAAUCAAACACCCCAGUAGACCCCUUGGGGAGAGGUGACAAACGGACCUACGGUUUAGACCUUGACAAGACUUUACAGACUCCUGAAGAAACAGACCAUGAAUGGGAAAAUUCCUUGAAACUGUUGAGCUCUUCUGAAGCAGAGCCAGAAUUAGGGAACUGCAGUGCAACCGUGGAUUUGAGAAGACCCAGUUCUACAGAAGCAGGUGAUUCUGAAAGGCAGAAAGUUCCAGAAACUGAAAUUCACCAAAUGCCAUCCUCCUUCUACUCCAGACUGUGUAAUCACUGGGUGUCGUUCAUUGGUGCUUUAAGUUCACUUAUGAUCAUGUUUGUCAUUCAGUGGAUAUACGCCUUGGCUAAUAUUUGUGUCGCCAUUCUUCUCUACUUCUACAUCGGGCAGGUGAGCCCAGGACUACCACCAGGAGCAGCGGCAAAUUUCAGCUUCUUGAAGUGGAUCCAGUCGUCGUUUCAGUUUCUGAGCAGAAGAGGUCCGGCACCUCGGGAGCAGAUUGUUGUGACGCCCUCCUUUACAUCCGUUGGCAUGGAGACCAAGCAGCUCACCGAGGAGAAUGCCGAUUUCGCCUCCCGUGACCGCUACCACCAUUCUUCAGUCUUCAGCCAGGAAGAGCUCAAUCACCGGCUCAAAUGAGCAGGACCUGUAAGAGAUGGAGUGGUGCCCUUCAGCGGAACGGGAUGGCGCCCUCGUUCCCCAGUCCAUAAGCCCCCUUACACAUGCUGGAAACGCGAGGGGCUUUUAGGGGAUGCUGCCUGAGGUACUUCUAAACCAGCAAAAACUGACCACUUUGUG